AUGUGGAAAGCUGUCUUGGAUGCUUGGAAUGGAACUGAAAAUCAAAUCGAUGAUACAUCCGAUAUUCAAUCGUAUGAAUUCGAAGAUAUGAAGAGAAUCGUCAGAAUGUGUGACCCUAGUGUGGUUUUAGUGGAUGUUAGAGAGCCAUCCGAGUACUCGAUUGUUCACAUCCCGGCUUCUAUCAAUGUGCCAUUUAGAUCGCAUCCCAAUGCAUUUGCCUUAGACCCUCUAGAUUUUGAGAAACAAAUCGGUAUCGCAAAACCUGAGACUUCUAAUGAGCUAAUAUUCUAUUGUGCUUCAGGCAAACGCGGAGGUGAAGCUCAAAAAGCCGCUCAUUCACAUGGAUACUCAAAGACUUCAUUAUACCCCGGCUCUAUGAACGAUUGGCUUGCUCAUGGGGGUGAUAAACUUGAUUUAUAG